AUGGUCAGGCCUCGCCAUGGAGUUUCCGCCUUCGGGAUCGCGAAACCCUCCCAGCCAGGUAAGUUUAUGAGCCGUCCAGCGGCGGCGACCCCAUGCCGACGCGCCUCCGACUCAGAGCGGUUUACGCGAGAGCGUGUCCCUUAACACGUGGAAUUUUUAUAUUCGACAAUGAAAAUCAAGUGUAAAAGACGAAAAGAGUUUAUAAAUGUUGAUUUUUUCACUUUGGAAGUUUUUAUACGUGUUCUAAAUUUUCAAAAAAUUUCUUCAGAAAAAAAAAUUAGCAUUUAACUGGGAUCAUUUUAAUUCUUGUCAUAUAAUUUAUCAAUCAAUGGAAGUCCCCAAGCUCACUUGUAGUCCUUAUUUUUAGUUUGAACAAUUAACAAUGCUUGUUAAAAUAUAUAUUGGAGAAUUGGUAUUAAGCAGAGCAAAAAAAAGGUUCACUAUAGAAUCGCCCCAUAGGCGAAAACCGCGUGAGGUCGGCUGCAGGGGGAAGAGGGUCUAUAUAAGCUCUUCGGACCUCGACAUUUUCGUUCUUCCGAGAACAUAUACUAAAAUUGGAACAAUACAGAGAAGAUUAGCAUGGCCCCUGCGCAAGGAUGACACGCAAAUUCGUGAAGCGUUCCAAAUUUUUUGUCAACUUCUAAAGUUUUUUUUUUUCAGAAAGUUUGGAUUCAAUCAGAUUUGGUCGAAGAAUAUUCUUUGGUCUGGAAACUAGCCUUGCUUAAGAGCAUCUAUAAUCUUCAAAACUACAAAUAAUGAAUUCCAACUUUCGAUGCUCAACAAGCGGAAAACCAGAGAUCGGGAUUUGGGGUCCCUCAAUUAGUGAGAUGAUCCGCCAAAAGGUUCAAAAUCACUUUUCCAUCAUUAAAACACACUCCAUGCCGUUCAGAUCACCUAUAAAACUGUGCUGCGAAAACAAUUCCCAUCUUCUUUCGAUCAAAUGUAUUAUAGUUUUCGAAAAACUCAGUUCACUUUUAAAAUAGUAGAAAUCUGUUACACAGUUUCUCCCAUUGAAUUAUAAAACUUGAGUUUUUUGUUUUCGUUAUUUUUCCCGAUGAAAUCUCUCGAUAUAUCAGUUUUUGCAUUUUUCAGUAGAAGUUUGAUAAUUAGCUUCAAUUAGCUUUCAAAAGCGAAAGCUCUAUAACUUUAUUUUCUUCCUCUUUGAAUCUGACGAUUCUAACUUCAGGAAUGAAGUCAGUGAUAGUCGGAGCGUUGUUGGUGGCCUGCGUCAUGGCCAGACCUGGUCCUGACAACCUGGACUUCAAGGUCACCGUCGACUACGUCAACCACGUCCUGGAGGCAACCAAGAACUUCCAACGUGGGUUGCGACCGAGGGAAUGACCGACGUGGCUCUUCAGAAUACUGGCCGCCGUACGUCCAAUCGGCUAUCGCCGGCCUUACCGAGGAGCAGAAACAGCAGAUGGCCGACCUCGCCAACGCCUUCCACGCGAACGAGCUUCCUCGCGUCUCCAGCUACGAAGAGUUCAACAAACUCGUCGUUGAGGUUUGAGCCUCUAGUUUUCCUUUUCAGCUUUUCUCUCUAUCGCUAUUUUUGAUAUAUGUAUAUAUAUAUAUAUGUUUUUUUAAACACAAUAUAAAAAUAUCAAACCUCAUUUUAUGUUCGAAUAAAAAUUUUCUGAAGUUUCAGAUCAAAGUUAACUUGUUAAAGUUUAGACUAAUCUUUGAAUAAGUUAUCAUAAACUAACAUUUUUAGUUUUAGGUGACGGCUCAAUUGAAAGUCGGAAGUAAGACUUUUAAAUGUUGGAAGAUUUUCAAUAGGACGGUUUGAUUUAGAAACUUUUUCAAACAUUCCAGAGGUACCCGGCUUUGGGACAGAUGUUCCAGCAGAUCCUAACCGCCUACAACGCCGACGUCGCCAGGCUUGGUCCCAGAUCCCAGGCUUUCUCCAAGGAGGUCGUUUUCCUCUUGGAACUCCGACUAUGAGCGAUUUGCAGUUGGAGAAGAAGAGUUUCGAGAUGAUGAAUCCCGACCGCGUCAUCUGGGCGUGCAACAUGUUCAACGGCGCCAAGCCGACCAUCAAGGAGGCUGAGGUUGGAGUUUGUUCUCGAUGAGAAGAAGAAAGCGUUUCAGUCCAUCAUCAACGAUCCUUCUGAGGUCUCCAAGCUCGACGAGGUCUUCCCAGGCACCGUCAAAUUCGCAAAGAGUUUGUUUUUUUCACUAGUCACCGAAACUCGGUUCUAACUUUCUCUGUAAUUCCAGGCAAGGAAUUCCAAGCGUACGUCAACGCGAUGAACGCUAUGCCUGACGAUUUGGAUUGCGAUAAGGUUUUCUUUUUUUCUUCUCACUGUAUAUUUUGUUUCAGGACCGCGAACAAAUCGUCGCCGCCCUCCGACUCAUGGACAAGCAAGGAAUCCUUCCCAAGGCCAACUAA